GGCGCAUGCGUCGUGCGCACCGAGCCGGGACCCGUACAUGCCGGAAUUGAGCAAACUUGGCUUAAUUGAGCGCUUUAUCUAGAGAGAGGCACCUUCGCGUCGACCUCCGGCCGCGAAGAGAGCAAAAAGCAACGGCUCCGUGGCGUCGUUCAAAGCGAAAAGCAGGGAUGGUCAGAAGCUUGGCCGCUGCCGCCAUUGUGGGGAACGGGCAAAAAGGCUUUCUCCUCGUUCAGGGAGAACCCGCCGUCCUUCUCGGCGUCGCGCGCUCCGCUUUCCCCGUUGGUUGCCUAGGAGAUCGGAAGCGGGCGAGCGGCCCCGCGAGGAGGGCUUUCGGAGCGCGCGCGCGGCCGGCGGCGGGAGUCAGCCCGGGCGGGCGGCCGUGCUCUGAGGCGCGCGCCCCCUCCUUGUCGCGUGCCGAAGGAUUCCCUUCGCCUGCGUUGGGGAUCCGCUUCCUCAGCCUGAGCGGGAGUCGCUGCCGAGCGGUGGAAGGACGAGCUCUGCAGUUUGAAAACAACAAAAGUAGAUGUUCACCAUUGGGAAGUAGAACACUUUAUUUUGAUACCCAUGCCUUUGUGUGCCUCUUGGAAGAAAAUGGAUUCACCACUCAGCAGUCUGAGAUCAUUGUGUCUGCUAUAAUGAACAUUAUGAAAAACAAUAUGGAUAUGAUACACAAAGACAUGGUCACCAAAAUGCAACAGGAAAUUGCUGUUCAGCAGAUAAUGUCUCACAUUGGUGUUGUAAAAAAGGAUAUGAUUAUUUUGGAAAAGAGUGAAUUUUCAGCACUCCGAGCAGAAAAUGAGAAAAUAAAACUUGAACUUCAGCAGCUAAAAAAGCAAGUAACGGAUGAAACUUCCAAAGUGCGAACAGAUAGCAAGUUAGAUUUCAAUCUAGAAAAAAGCAGAGUAAAAGAAUUGUAUUCACUGAAUGAUAGAAAAGUAUUGAAAAUGAGAACAGAAAUAGUGGAAUUGCAUGCCCAGCAAGAUCGAGCUUUAACACAGACUUAUAGAAAAAUAGAUACUGAAGUUGCAGGUCUGAAAACAAUGCUUGAAUCACACAAACUUGACAAUAUCAAAUAUUUAGCUGGUUCAGUAUUUACAUGCCUUACAGUAGCACUCGGAUUUUACCGUUUAUGGAUAUAAUGAAACAUUAUUUUCAAUGAUCUUGUAUUAGCUUGCCAUAAGAAAUAACAUGUUAUUUCCAUCUGAAAUAAUGAUUUUUUUCAGAGAGUGUA